AUGCACUUUGUUAUCUUAAUUUUAGUCUGGGUUCGUGCCGACAGUAUAGAAGAUCUUGCUGGUCCUUUGUUCAUUACCCAUCCCAGUGACCCACCCAUCAGCUUUACCGUGGAUGAAGACGAUCGCUUUCUUGCUUACCCAUUACCCGGCCUUUAUGAUAGUCCCGAAUCACCACCAGAGCCCACUAUUAUGCAACAAGUGUUUAUCGGUUCUCGUAUCAUCGGAUCUAGUGAUGGAUUUUCCUUCAAGUCAUGCAACGGCAAAUAUAUCAGUAGCGAUAAGUUUGGAGUCGUUACAUGUCAGAGUGAAGCAAUUGGUGGCCAGGAAGAAUGGAAACCUGUUUUGACAGACGCAGGCAUAGCAUUUGAAAAUGUUUACAAGAAAUAUUUGAUGAUUGACGAAGUUGCAGGAGGGGGUGUUAGAAUUCGUGCUGAUGCAGAUGAUGUGGGUUAUUGUGAAACUUUUAGAGUAUAUUGCCAAGCCAGGUUCAAGUAUAAGCCAAAAACAAAGAAGAAGGAUAAAGGCGAAAAUAUAGGUUCGGAAAUAGGCAAAAAAUUUCAAUCGUAUGGUCGCAAUAUUAUACGUUCCGAGUCUGAUAAACGUGAUUUGAAAAAAGCCAGGACAGAAGGUCGUCUUGCUGAAGCCUUAUUAGAUAAAAGAGAAAAGGCGAAAUCUGACAGAUAUUGUAAAUAA